AUGCGAACGAUUUCGCGAAUAAAGAUUUCAGCGGCUCGAGGAGCGGAGAAUUGGGGUCCAAGUGCUCGAGAAGUGAGUUACAAAAUCCAUGGAAAUGGAUUCCUAUAUCUUUCCGGGAAUGGGCGAGAGGUUGGAGGAGCCCUCGGGGGCUUUGUUAAAGGGUUUGAUGGUCCGACAUACAACACAUUUUGCUACAAAGUCACGUACGGAUUGUCGAAGCUUAGGCCGAUAGAAAAUGCUUGCAAUUCGGCUAAGGUGCGCUGCAUGCCAGCAUGUCCUCCGACGGGGAAUUGUGAAACUCCAUCAAGAUUAAUGGUUGGAAUGCAGAAUCGGCAGUCUUGUAAAACUCCCACGAGUGCAUCCCACGAUGCUAUGAGAGGUUUGGAGGCCGUUUGGAGAGUAAGGAAGGAACCCCGUGCAACACGGGAUAAUGCAUCCGCUCGGUUUAUUCUCCACUCCGGGUUUGUAAACAAUAUCGAAAUCAUAUCCGAGCGAGCUUGGUUAGCCACUUCGCUGCUCGGGGCUUUGGAUGACUUGAUUGUGGAGGGCCCUAAGACUUUGGUGGUCCGUCCGAAUAGUAAACCGACGCCCAAGAUGCACUCGCCCCAAUACUCGUGCCGGAUGCAUCCGUUUGUAACACAAAUGGCUCGAAAAAUUUGGAAGGGCCGAAUAGGGGUGCUUGACAAGGCUUGUUUCAACUCUAAGAAUGCCUUGGUAGCUGUAGGAGACCAUACAAAUGCAUUCUUGCAUAAGAAGCUGGGUCAAAGGAUUGGCUUUCUGGUUCAAAGUUCAGCAGAAGGUGUGGUUUACCUGUUACUGAGGGCUAAUAUUGGAAGGAGAUUUCCGAAGGAAAAUCUCAACUUUGGAACAAGGUUAAGCAUUGCUUUGGGUGCAGCAAAGGGCAUUCUUUACCUCCAUACUGAAGCGGACCCUCCAGUAUUUCACCGAGAUAUCAAGGCUAGCAAUAUUCUUUUACACUCUAAGCUUACUGCUAAAGUUGCUGACUUUGGACUCUCCCUUCUUGCCCCUGUCAUGGAUGAUGAAGGAUAUCUACCUAAUCAUGUAUCUUCAGUAGUGAAGGGAACUCCAGGAUACCAUGAUCUAGAAUAUUUUUUGACACACAAGUUGACAGACAAGAGUGAUGUCUAUAGCCUUGGAGUUGUAUUACUAGAGCUAUCGACAGGAAUGCAGCCAAUAUCACGCGGCAGAGACAUAUAUAGUUCGUGGGACAGCAGAAUGGGUUCCUAUCCAUCUGAAUGCAUCGAGAGAUUUGUAGCCUUGGCACUAAGGUGUUGCCAUACCAAGCAAGAGAAACGGCCAUCAAUGCUGGAAGUGGUUAGGAAACUAGAAAACAUACUCAGAAUCUUGCCAGAAACGGAUACUACUGAUAUAGAAUCUGCUUCCACAUAUUCCGAGAAGACCGCACCUGUAUUUUCUGGCAUGUUAGCAUCUUCAUCCUCAUUCUACGCAAGCAGGGAUGCAUCCAAGUCGUCCACUUUUUUGGGAAGCAAUCUUAGCAGUGGCGUCAUCCCCUCUUACCGCCUCGUUGAUAUCAAAACUAAAAAACUCUGUGUGCUUAUUAAUCUCCCCCACCCCACCCCCACAAAUUGUGCAGUUUAG